AUGAAGAGUAACAUUUUGCUUCUUCUGCUAUUCCUAGUGGCAUUUGCCAUCUGUCAAGAGGACGACUCAACUGGAGAUGAAACAUCGGCAUCAGACACAUCCUCAGCCAUUGCAUCAGAGACGUCCUCAGCCAUUGCAAGUGAAAUCACUGCCACAUCCACAGCCAUCGACAAUGAAUCAUCAGCAGUUUUAACAGCCACAUCUACCGUAUCAUCAGACGCAACGUCGCAACCUACCUCCAUCGAAACUGACCUCCCCACAGUGAACAAGACAGUAAACCCUACUGUAUGUCAGAAUUUGCAGCAAUUGUACAAUUCGCUGAAUGGAAACACAUGGAUUGUCCGCACUGGAUGGGAUUCUACAAACAUGUCAACUUGUUGUAGCUGGUAUAACGUUCAUUGUAACAGCAUUGGACAAGUCUUGAAGCUUGAUCUUGCAUACAAUAACCUUGUUGGACAGCUCCCAAAUAACUUUGACCAGUUUCCAGAUCUCCAAAACAUUGAUUUGAGUAACAACAACAUCUCUGGAUCUGUGCCCGCCAGUAUUGGAAAACUUGCCAGUUUGAAAUCCAUUAAUUUAGAUGUCAAUCAGCUCUCUGGUGGCCUUCCCGCUGGCCUCAGCACACUGGUCAAUCUCACCAACAUCCAUCUUAAAAAUAACUCUUUUAAUGGCACCAUCCCAGAUGCAUGGGCAAACAUGAAGUCGCUUCAAAAUCUGUAUCUUAGCAACAACAAUUUGACAGGUACAUUUCCUACCGUGGUCACUCAAAUGACAUCGCUGCAGUCUCUCUACCUAGAUAACAAUGCUUUGAAUGGGUUUUUGCCCGCCAAUUUGGGUAGUGCCUCUAGCUUGGUACAAUUAAACAUCAAGGACAAUCAUCUCCUUGGUAAUAUUCCUGCCUCGGUCGGCAAUAUGACAAAUUUGCAAUCCUUGGUCAUGUCGCACCAAAUGCUAAACGGAUCUAUUCCUGAAGAGAUUUACUCGCUGCUAAAAUUGGAAGUAUUGGAUCUGUCCAAUAAUAGACUGACUGGCAAUCUAUCUCCCAAGCUAGGCCAACUUGUCAAUGUAAAGAAGCUUAACCUCGGACACAAUGCCAUCACCGGCCCUAUACCCAGCCAAAUCGACCAGCUCACCAAGCUCGAAAGUCUCAAUCUCAACUACAAUGCAUUGAAUGGACAGUUCCCCUCUUCGAUGGCACCUCCUGCUCUUGGUUACUGCUACAUGAUCCCAAAUCAAUUCCAAUCCUGUCCCGAUCAGAGCAUCAUCAACAAUCCUCAAAGUUUGGCGUUCCAAUGUUCUGUUGAUUGUGUGGUAAAGACCAACAAAAAGAAAAACAACGCCGUGGGCAACCAAACCAAUCUAUUUGUGGCCACUUUGAUCACAAUGAUUGCAGCAGCUGAACUCUUGAUGUAA